UUUUUUUGAUCGCGGGUCAAUAUAUUUAUAAAACAAACAAAAAUCUUACGCCUUACAUUUCUUCAUUGACCUAAAGCAAGAUACUCGUUCCUUCCGGCGAGCGACGGAUUGUUUUGAAGCACGGACCGGAAGAGGUCCUACCGCAUCAUUGUUCCCCAUUAGUCGCUGUUUACGUUAUGUUUUGGUUUGUUAUUUCUCAGUUAGUGCUUUCUCCGAGUCAAUAAAAAUUAUUUUUUAAGUAUUAUCACAUGCAGCCGCGUAUCUGGAUGUGUAGGAGUCGUAUUUUGUUUGUUUUGAGUAAACAACAGUUAAAUAUUACCGAUUUAUUUGGGUUGAAAGCUCGUUAGCUUGUCGUUCAUUGCGAUGCAGCGGCUUUAAGAAUCUGGCUUUGUUGACUGUGGGAGAAAUGCUUCCAGUCUGCUGUGGAUAACUUCCAGUAAACAUGGACAGGGACGGGAGGAGAGACGGACGGAGCUGGGACUGGGACAGUCCGGAGAGCCGGGCCCAGAUGGACCAGAUCUUUUUCCGUGAACAGGACUACAUCCAGGCCGGGUCCUCCGAGCACAGAGAGUUCUGGGCUUUCUUUGACCGUUUCCAGCGAUUUAAAGCAAAGAGGGACAUGUCUGGCUCUGGAGCCAGAGAUGAGGUCAAAGAAAGGAAAAGGACUGGCCACGAAAAGGUGGAUUUGGGGCUUCCUAGAGAAUACGACGCUCGGUACCGGAUCAACGUAUCCGUGUGUACCGGAGACGUCGAGCAGCGCAUGGGGAAGGCAGAUCCCACGAGGAGACAGAGAUCCUCGGGACCAGGGCCACAGGAGGUCUCUGACUGCCGCCUGGCUCUGCUCCACUUCCUGGACUUCAGCCAGAAACAGAGCUUUGGGAAACUCGCCAAGCUUCGCCGGGAGCAAAAGAACCUGCCCAUCUUUCAGUACCGGGAUCGGAUCGUGGAGCUGGUGCGGCUUCACCCGGUGGUUGUGGUGGCGGGCGACACCGGCUGUGGGAAAUCCACCCAGGUGCCCCAGUAUUUGCUCUCGGCGGGCUUCACCCACAUCGCCUGCACCCAGCCCCGCCGCAUCGCUUGCAUUUCACUCGCCAAGAGGGUCAGCUUCGAGAGCCUCAACCAGUACGGGUCAAAGGUUGGGUAUCAGAUCCGCUUCGAGACUUCUCGGACGGCGGCCACCAAGUUGCUCUUCCUGACCGAGGGGCUGCUGCUGCGACAGAUCCAGCAGGACAAGAACCUGGAUCAGUACGAGGUGGUGAUCGUGGACGAGGUCCACGAGAGACAUCUGCACUGCGACUUCCUCCUGGGUGUGCUGCGCUCUCUGCUGGCCGACCGCCCGGGCCUCCGUCUCAUCCUCAUGUCGGCCACCAUCAACAUCAAGCUCUUCUCUGAAUACUUCCACAGUGCCCCGGUGCUGCAGGUACCAGGCAGGCUCUUCCCCAUCCAGGUAAUAUACCAGCCUAUUCCCCCUGAGGAGCAGCCCUCACGCUCAGAGAAACUGGACCCCAGGCCGUACCUGCGCAUUCUGCAGGGCAUCGACCAGCGUUACCCCCCAGAAGAGCGUGGGGACCUGCUGCUCUUCCUCAGCGGCGUAGCAGAGAUCGGCACCAUCCAGGAGGCCUGUCAGGUUUACGCCACGCACACCCGCCGCUGGAUAGUCUUGCCGCUGCACAGCACCCUCUCUCUCGCUCAGCAGGACAAGGUGUUUGACGUUGCUCCUCCUGCUGUGAGAAAGUGCAUCAUCUCUACCAACAUCGCCGAGACCUCGGUUACAAUUGACGGGGUCCGCUUUGUUGUGGACUCAGGAAAGGUUAAGGAGAUGAGCUUCGACCCGAAGGCCAAGAUGCAGCGGCUGCAGGAGUUCUGGAUCAGCCGAGCCAGUUCGGAGCAGAGGAAAGGCCGAGCCGGUCGCACGGGUCCUGGUGUUUGUUACCGCCUCUACUCGGAGUCUGACUACAACGCCUUCGCUCCGUAUCCUGUGCCUGAAAUCCACAGAGUGGCUCUGGACUCCUUGGUUCUGCAGAUGAAGAGUAUGGAUCUUGGAGAUCCACUUUCCUUUGUCUUCAUUGAUCCUCCUCCCACCUCCAGUAUCCAGACUGCAGUUACAUACCUGAAGGAACAGGGGGCGCUGGACAGCCGUGGUGAACUAACAUCUAUUGGUAGACUGUUGUCUCAGCUGCCUGUUGAUGUUGUUAUAGGGAAGAUGCUGGUGCUGGGCUCUCUGUUUAACUUGGUGGAGCCGGUGCUGACCGUCGCAGCGGCCCUCAGCGUUCAGUCACCGUUCCUGCGCAGCUCGCAGCACAACCCGGACUGCAGCACCGCCCGCCAGCCCCUGCACAGCAACCAGGGAGACCCCUUUACCCUGCUCAACACCUUCAAUGCAUGGGUGGAGGUGAAAAGAGAGAGGGGCGGCGGCUCAAGGAAGUGGUGCAGGAGGAGAGGCCUGGAGGAGCAGCGACUUUAUGAGAUGGUCAACCUGCGCAGACAGUUCAAGGAGUUGCUGAGGAGCCAUGGGCUCCUGGAGUCAGAGGACAGGGCUCCCUCUGGUGGCGACCGUCUGCAGCGCAGGGAGCGGUUCACCGAGCGGAAGAAGCUGCACCAGCUGAAAAGACACCACGAGCAGCAAGAGGGGACUAAACGUAAAGUCCUGAGAAUGGAUGAGGGUCAGGAUGGAGAGCUUUCCUCCGGCUCAGACACAGAAGGCAGAGGCAGGAAGGGCAAGAAGAGACAAGAAGAGGAUGUGGACAUCCAGGAAGUGAAGUUUAAAUUGCGUCACAACGUCUCAGAGCUCCAGGAGGCCGUCAGCGCCAGUCAGGACUUGUCCUCGCGGCACCAGGCUUUGCUCAAGCUGCUGCUCUGUCGGGGACUCUACCCUCAGCUGGCCCUCCCCGAUGAGCACAACUCCAACCGGAAAGACUCGGAGCAGGUGUUUCACACACGGAACAAGCAGGGCGUGGUGAUCCACCCGACCAGCGUGUUCGCCAGCGAUCCAGAGGUGUUGCAUGUUCCCGAGGACGAUGUCAGAGAAACAGGACCUGACAGGAGGGACAGCAGCAGACAUCAGCUGUUGGCCUUCGUCACCCUGCUGGAGACCAACAAGCCGUAUUUGUCCAACUGUGUCCGGGUUCCCGCCCUGCAGGCUCUGCUGCUGGUGGCCAACUCGGUGGAUACCAACGCUGACUGCACGCGGCUGGUGGUGGACGGCUGGCUGGAGCUGGAGGUGAAGGAGCCCGAGGAGGCCCUCAGGGUGCUUUCCACAGCCCUCAGCCUCAGGUGUGAGUGGGAGCGUCUGCUGAAGGUCCAGCUGGGUCAGAGCUCCUUGGGGGAAGCCUCGGGCCAGGGAGUGUCCCGCAGAGACAUGGAGAAGCUGAGCGAGGGCCUCGUCCGCUUCCUGCUCUACACUGAGGUAAGUUACAGCCUUCAGCGGCUCACUGCGUUCCAGACCCAGAACCUGUACGUCGGACCUCAGAGCGAGCCGGACUCCUCCUACGCUGAGGUUCCGGAUCUGAGCCCGUUGUUUCCAGGAGCAGAAGCCAAGCCGGAUCCGAUUAAAGGAGGCCUGAGAGUGAGCGGUUUCUUCACCUACAACUGUCUCGCGGAUUCAAAGGAUCUCUACAGCGAGUGUUUGCGCACUUUCUGGAGCUGCCCUAACUGUGAGCUCUACAUGCCUCUGACUCCUCUGGAGCGGAUGCAUCACGAAGCUUCCUGCAGGCCUGCUGGAGAGCGGCAGGAGGCAGAAAAAGAAUCAGGAGAUGGGAAGCCCGGCUCCUCCUCCGUGUCGAGUCUAACGAGGGUCUAUCAUUGUGACGUCUGUAACGAGGACCUGAAGCUCACCUCCACAGAGAUCCUCAAACAUAAACGGCAGCACAUGUUUGCAGCCAAGUGACUGUGGCACCAGCUUGUUCACCUCUCAGUUCUUAUAUUUGGGUUUUCUUCCAGGGGUGCACAGAUUUUAAUGUUUGGGCCAAUAUUGAUAUCCGAUACUAUUAUUUUUAUUAUUUUUAUAAUGUUAUUACUACUAUUCACAUGACCAAACAAACAUGGCCACACCCUAACCCUCCAGAAACACAAACAGCAACAAGAUGCUUAUAACAUCGGUUAUUAAUAUUGGCCCAUUUUUGCGUAUCGGACUGAUACCGAUAUGAUAAAUGAUGACUAAAAUCGGUCGAUACCGAUAGUAAUGCUAAUAUAUCGUGAAUCCCUAGUCUCUUUUCUGCUCAUUUGGACUUUUGAAUUUGUUCAUUUCUUAUAUAGUCACGGUUUUUCCUUUUUUAUCUGUCUGGAAAGAUGCAAAAAAAACCAUCUAAACUAUAUCUGCUGAUAAAAUGAUAAAUAUCUCAUGGUUGUUGGAAAAUGAGCAUAAACCAUAAUUUCUCAGUAAAAUGUGGGUACUCUGGA